AAAUGUAACGCCGCUUGAACCUCCACCCCGCGCCGACGCAAGGAUCGUCGUGCUCGAGUCCUAUGGCCUCUACGUUUGGUGACCGCCAUUCGCUCUUGGCAACUGUGCUGGGAUGCAUGUACAUUACGUUUACUGCGAUCUGUUCAUGCAUCUUCGUGUACUUGCUCAACCCGCCAACCAUGAACGACAUUUGGUGGGCCAACUACACGACGACGCGAGAGCAGGCAUGGCUCGUCGACAUCUUCAACGCGAUGCUGCCCAUCCAGGAUUCUGGUCCCGUCGACCUCUUGGCGCCUCAUGCAACCGUGGACAAGGUGUACGGAGACCUCGCUGCCACGACAAACGUAUACCCAACGUACCCCCGGCGACUCGUUCUGACUGAGCUCACAACCAUGGAGCACGCUGUGGUGAAUCUACGGGCGCUGGAGUCUCAAGAAAGCGUGUGGAUCGGCACACAGUACUGUUGGGUGGACUUUGACCAGGAAUUUGAGGUCGCACACACCCAACGACGGCAGCGUCGGUGUCACUCGCUGUACAAGUCGAACGGAGCCGUCUACAUCGAAGCGAUCCUGCGAAACAUCAAUUGGGACGAGUUCAUGCAGUACUACGGUGGCGACACCGGGUCGUUCUCUGUUGCGAUUCUCGACUGGCUGCAUCAAGUGCCAUCGGGACAACGGUGGAUCGCGGCCACGUCGAUCGCAAGAGCGACCACGACAGUCAGCGACGAAGUCGCGUACUGGAAAAACCACUCGAUCACAGCGUUCACGUUGCAAUGGCAAAAUGACUACCUCACGGGGAUGUCCGAGGUCAUGGUGCUCGAGAACGCGCUCGGCAUGCGCCAGGAAGUUGUCCUGAACAACAUCCCGUCGGUCGAAUGCACGUGGACAUCGUUCGUUUUGUACCAUGCAUUUAUGAAUGACAUGUACGGUCACGCGGAUGCGAAUCGCAGCAUGAUUUGGUCGGCGGACAACUCGAUGUUCAAACAGCCUGCAUUCAACCUGGAGCGCGAGGUCGUGGGUGUCUCGGAUGGCGACGACAUGCCCCCCUCGAUGGAACUCUUUCGGACCGUGAUCGGGCCAUUUCUUUCUGUUGACACGUGGCUCGUCGCCGUUCCGGCGUCGGCGCUAGCUGCUUACCACGCCUUCCAGUCCAAGCUCCGCACGAUCACGACGGCCGACACCGCCAUGGACACCGCCAUGAGAACCAUCUCGGACGUCACUUUCCAUCCGACGCCCGUCGCCUGGGCGAACCCGACACUCAUGUUUUACGGCGGCAAUCCCAUGUGCUUACUCGGCACUCCCCAACCGUACGUCCAGCAAACGUUUGGGUUCUACGACAUUUGCGACCACCAGAAACCGCUCACGGUCGACAUGACGUUCCAAUCGGCCAUCUUCGCCAUGCACGCCAUGAAUUGUUCUGUCGACGUGGACGGCACGUGUGGGACAGUGUCUGAGCCAACCCAAUGCCUCGCCUCAGUGCAGCACGCCCAAGCAACGUCGCGGCUCCUUUCGCUAUCGAUGGAGCGCCGACUAUUCGACCAAGUGGAAAGCGACGUGAAGCAGUUGAAGGUCGGUCUCCUUCAGUUUGCCGCGAACGCGGUGGACGACCUCAACCGCACGAUCUUGUUUGAAGCCCUGUUUGACGAGCCGACGUUUGCAUUGUUCAGUUGGAUUGUCGUGCUGGACUGGAUCCAAGGCAUGCGAGAAGUUGUGCGAUUCGAAGGUGAUGCAGGGUCGGUGGCGCUCAUCUCGAUGCUCGAGCGACCUGUCCUCUUUACGAGCAGUGUGUCGUACGUGACGUCAGCGACCCGGUAUAUUUUCUUCCUUGUCGCGUACACAACGUUCAUCGUGGUCGGCAUCACGGUCGGGUGUGUCCUGGGCACGAUCGCGACGAUCGGGAGCCGAAAGAUGAACAACAACUACGCGUGGUUCAACCAGAUCGUCGGGUCGGUGUGGAUCGGUCGGCCGUUGCUCAUCUUACGCGGCACCACCGCGAUGCUCCUCCUCAGUACGGCGCAGCUGGAGCUCGUGGCUGGGAACGACGCGUACUCGCGCCUGCAUUUUCAACCACGAACGUGGCUGCGCAUCUUUGUCGUUGCCGGCGAAGCGACGUGGAUGUUGUACGUCGCGACGGACUUUCUCACGAUUGUCACGCGCCGAUUUACGAGGCUGUUUGCGCCAUUGAGCUACGUGGUGUGCUGGGUCGCGCUGUUCGUCCUCGAGCUGUACAACCCAAUUCUGCCGGUCGCGUACAUCGCUCGGACGUGCUCGGCGCAGAGCAUGGACCAAACGAUCAAGUGCUCGAGCGGGGUCGUCCAAAUCGGUUCGUUCGAUCGAGUGUGUCUGAUAGUCGUCAUUCAAGUCAUCGUGUUGUGCGGCGCCAUCGUCGUCGCCAAGAUGUACCACAUUAUCGUGGGUGGCCGUCGAGAGUCCCCUGUUUCGUUUGAGCGGCACAUGCUCGGCGUGGCCGACAAGUUUUACCCCCUCGACAACUCGAAAGAUUUCGUCGAGUGCUAUGAAUCCCACGACGUGGCGUCGUGGCUCAUGGCGGGGCUCGUCCACAUCCCUGGCUACAAGGACAGUCUGCUCGACAUCAAGCUAUGGCUCCUCCACCAAAAGACGGCGGCUGGCUCGCUCCGCAUCCCGUCGUUUCACUCGAUCCGCCACCUCGGCAUAACCAAAGGCGGACGGUACCGCAAGUACAUCCCCAAGGCGAUCCGCCAGUACAAGAAGCAGAUCUUGUCCUUUUUUGGCGUGUUGUACGCGAUCGCGAGUAUCGUGGGCAGUGUCUCGUAUCUCAAAGUGUCCCAAGUGAACCUGGCCAACGACUUGCUGUGGGCCACGUUCAACAUGACUGGAGCCCACGCGUUCACGGCGAAUUGGCUCAACGAGCAGCUCGUGCUCCGCGUGCCAAACGAAAAAGUCCACUUGGACACGGACGUCGUCAACGACGACAAGCCAUACGACGACGACAACGGGAUCGUGCUGUCGCCGCCGAAUGUCGGUGGGCUGCUUCAGUACACGGAGCUCAACACGAUCGAAGCCUCGAUCUCGGGGCUCCGGACGUCGGAUCCGUGUGCGGCUCCGUGGAUCUUCACCCAGUAUUGCUACGUGGACUUGAAUCAGCGCUGGGAGCUGGCCAACACCGAGGCGAGACAACACCGAUGCAAGUCGAUGACAGCCAACGGCGCGGUCUUUCUCGACACCGUGCUGCGCAAUGUCGAGUCAUUCGAGCGGUGCUGGGGCCAUGCGUUUGACAUGGCGAUUGCCAACGAACUCAAGCAAACGGCAGACGGCCAGGCGUGGUUGCGCAGCACCCUGUCUGUAGCGCAGGACUGGCCAAGUGUGGCGGCGGAAGCGGCGCUGUGGCGACGACAUGGCAUUGAGCACUUUACAACACAGUGGCAAAAUUUCAAAACCAUCGGGCUCGUCAACAAGUACACGAUCAGCAACGUGUACGGGUUGGCGUACCCGUUUGGGCUCGAAACAUCGUUUUCCACGUUUCGGCUCGACCGGGAGACCACGAUGAAGCUGUACUGGGCAUUUGCGAACGAUCUCGCGAGCGUCGCCACCAACCAGAGUGCGAUCAGUGGCCUGAGCCUCAUUCGGUCCAGCCCCACGUUUGCUUUUGCCAACAGCUCGAUGGAAGCGCUGUUAUUUCAACGCGAGAUCUUGGUGCCACCUCUCGUCGCGUCGUUCGGGAUCCUCGAGACCGUGCUGGGGCCGUUUGGGACAGUCGAUGCAUACCAUCUCCCGUGUCCGGGUGUGGUCAAGUCUCUCGUACGUACCUUACUGGCCGCCCUUCGCCAGAGUUUGGCCCACAGCGUGGCGGCGCAAGCCGCGUACUUUGACAUCGUCGACGGCAUGUUUCUUUUCUCGCCGGUGCCGACACCGUUUGGCGAGUUAGCGUUUUCGUCGGUGGGGGGGAGCAUUUUGUGUCCCACGAGCGGUGCCCGCCCAGUCGCGGCUGGGAUGCAGUGCCUGACGUCGCUGAGCAAACAAUGCUCGUUUGUCCCGUUGGUCGCGUCGACGCCCUUCUUUCGACGGUCUAUCCUGUCCGCGGUCGUUCUCGCCCGCGUCACAACAGCCACCCUCGACAACAUCACGUCGAUCUGUGCCAACGUGGCGCAGUCCAUCCCGGCAUGCGUGCAAAUGCUCAACUCGAGCACGUCGUUCGUAAACGAGUACAUGCCGUCCGUUGUGGCGGACCCCAACGUGACGGACACCAUUCAACACGCGACUGACGCCGUGCUCGCAAUGAACAUCGAGUUGCUGCAAUUUGGCAUCCAGGCGGAAGACGGCCCUGUCGAGCUGCACCGCACGCGUCUGUUGGAGUCGGGCCACGCCGACUUUGCUGCUUUUGCAUGGUCCAUGUUGGUCGACUGGGCGAUGGGGUAUCGCGAAGUCGUAUCGUUUUCGGGGGAUGCGUCCACCAUCACGCUCGUCACGGAAUUUGAGCUCCCGCGGUCCCAGCAAGUCAACCAGGCGCAAUUCCCCGUCAACUUUGCCGUGUACCUUCGCAGCGCGGUCAUCUACAUCACGUCGACGUUGAUCUUUAUGGCGGCGCUAAUGCUAUUGUACAUCGUCGCAAGCCUGGGAAACGUCGAAGUGGGGAAUCUGUACAAGUUGCAGCGUGUUGGGGCGAUCGUGUGGAUCGGCCGCCCGUUUUUGUUCCUCCGCAGCUUGACCGCGAUUGGGUUGCUGUCCACGUCGACGCUGGAACUGCACUACUCGGGCCGCAUCUCGUACUUUGAAUCGCAGCAAACGCCGCUGUACAAAACGUUCUUGGCCGCGAGCGAAGUCACGUGGCUCGUCGCUGUCGUCAACGACAUUGGCCUCGCGUUUACGCAAGAGUACACGCGCCUGUACGCGUCGUCCAACAGUAUGCUCGUGUGGUUUGUCAUGGCUGGAAUUUCCAUCCUCUCUCCCAUGCCCCACGCGAUGACGAUCGACAAGCAGUGCCACUUGGCUCAGGUGGACGUCCAAGUCGUGUGCACGAGUGGCGAUCUCGCGAUUGGACGGCCAGUGCGCUUGAUCCUUGUGGUUGCCAUCGUCCUCGUUUGCAACGUGGUAUGCUACACGACAACACGCCAAUUCGUGGCCCCGCCAAAGCCGACGCCCCUCCGGUCCGAAUUUCUCUACGCCGGGGCCAAAUACCUCUUCAACGCGUCCGACUGGAUCGACAAGAAAGUCUACUACAUGGACCGCAUGUCGGCAGCCAUGAAUGGCGUGCUCACUCUGCGGUAUGCAAACGUCAUGUACGGACUCGACAUGAAGCUCUGGUGUACUUUUCAAGUCGACUUGGCCGACUACGAACCGCACACGCACGCCGCCAAGUACGCGCUCCCGCUCAAGAUGGCCAACCAGUACUAGGCGGGCGGUGCCGUGAGUCCCGUAUGUGGAGCUGAGUGUCCCCACUUCGCCGUCCUCGACGCCCCCUGUGCGCGUUGACAACCCGUCCAAACCGUGCCGAUGGAUUCGCCAGCAUAAUGGAGAUUUUAUGAAACUUGAGUGCUC